AAAACAAGUGAAAAGGUGUAGUCAAAACCUAUUACCAUUGAGGAAUUUUGAUACUCAUUGCCAUUGCCACUGUGGAAUUCCAACCAAACGGAUGUCGCUAUUGAUUGGGAAUCAGCAGUGGUAGUACACUUCACUCCCAAUGUACGCCACAAGAAAAUAAAAAGAUCAAAAUUUUCACGACAUCAAUCAUGCGUUGGCCCCAGGUCCAUCAAUUAUUUGCCAACAACCUUUUUGUCCUCAAUUACAUCCCAAUUAUCCUCUGUUAGGACUUUGGAUGGUUAUCUUUGGGUUUCUUUUUUUUUUUUCUUUUGAUUGUACGGGAACAACUUUUAUUUGGAAGAGUGUAUCGAAAAUGAAAAUUGGUUGAAGAAUAUGUUGUACAAACAAGGCAAAGCAAAUAAAGCUAGAAAAAGGUUGAUUCAGAUUAUCCUUCCCAACGUUGAGUAUUACUCUUGUCAUAAAAAGAAAGAAAAAUCGUGCUCGAUCAAUCAGCCCACAACCAGCCAUGUCAAAAUUGGAAGAAAACACUUCAAGAUGGUCUCUGUCAGGAACGGCGGCUCUAGUCACCGGUGGAACUCGCGGGAUUGGCCGUGCAAUAGUGGAGGAGCUAGCUCAACUAGGCGCCAUAGUCCACACUUUUGCAAGAAAAGAAGAGGAGCUGAAUGAACGCUUGCGAGAGUGGUCCUCCAAGGGAUUCAAAGUCACCGGUUCAGUCUGUGAUGCAUCUUCAAGAGAGCAAAGAACUCAGCUCAUCGAAAAGGUGACUUCCAUCUUCAGUGGAAAACUCAACAUCCUUGUAAAUAACGUUGGAACUAAUAAAAGGAAGCCACCUGAAGAGUUUACUGCCGAAGAGUAUGAUAUGGUGAUGUCUACAAAUCUUGAAUCUUGUUUCCAUUUUUCCCAACUGGCUUAUCCUCUCUUAAAAGCCUCUGGGGUUGGAACCAUCGUCUUCAUCUCUUCUAUCGCAGGUUUCGUGAGUAUACAAAAUGCAUCUGUCUAUGCAGCAACAAAAGGUGCAAUGAAUCAACUCACCAAGAACUUGGCUUGCGAAUGGGCUAAACAUAACAUCCGGGUAAAUAGCGUCGCGCCCGGGGUUAUCAGCACCCCAUUAACCAAACAUGUGCUCAGUUCUGAUGAAAAGCUGAAGAAAAUAGAAUCAAGGACUCCCAUGAAGCGAGUUGGGGAACCAGAAGAAGUUUCGUCCCUGGUUGCUUUCCUUUGUCUCCCUGCUGCUUCCUACAUAACCGGACAGGUUAUAACUGUCGAUGGAGGACUUACUGUCAAUGGAAUCUACUGGGACUAAUCAUUAAAAAACAUUUGAUCUUGUCAUCGUUGCAAUGUUUCUGCAAGAUAUUGGUUCGUAUUGUUUCUUGAUGCUGGCAAUGUUUUUUUUUUUUUGGGUUGAUUGUAAAAUAAAUUUGCUCUUUUUUUUUUUACUGGCAAUGCUUUUUUAAUUAAUUCCACCUUGUAUCGCUAAUUGUAACGUCCAUUUUUCUGCGUGAAAAUUAUCCCAAAAAAAUGUUUUUUGUUUC